AUGUCCCUAGGCCUAUAUCAGCCAAUCGUCCCUAUCGCACCUUUCCUCGACAUUCUGCUUGGCGCAUCAUUUGAGGCGAAGCGCAACGAUCCCAGCUACGAAGACGGUGCCCCGCUCAUCGCACAUCCCCGCUCACCCGUCAUGACGUUAGACGAUGCGCUUGCGGCCUACAGCGACGGGCACCGUAAUGCCACAACCUUCUCGCAUGAACAGCCGUUCCGCAGAUAUCUGACACAUCACCGCAGCUACCGCAGGACUGCAAGACCAGUCACUCUCCCGUCGCGGGUGGGCAACCCCGAUGAUCUUGGGGUGAUGUUCCUCACGCAGUUUGUUGAAGCUGUCGAGGGUGGGAUGCGCUCAGUAGAGACGGAGAAGGAUAUGGAGGUCGAGAAGUGGCUGGUGGAGGAGGGCGGUGCACUAGAAGAGAAGCUCUCCUCGCUCAUAGACCAAAGCAUACACCUCGUCCCGUCCUUCGAGCUAGAAUGUGGCAGGGUAUUACGCGACGUGCCUGUCGCGUACAAAACCUGGGGUUCUCUCAACGAGAGCAGAGACAACGUUAUGAUCAUCUGCCACGCCUUCACUGGUAGUGCAGAUGUCGAAGAUUGGUGGGGACCCCUUAUGGGUAGAGGAAAAGCGUUCGAUCCAAAUCGUUUCUUCAUCUUCUGCGCGAACGUCAUGGGCUCUCCGUAUGGGACUGCUUCCCCAAUGACUAUCGACCCCGACACGGGCAAGCCAUAUGGCCCCGAGUUUCCUGGCACGACGAUUCGAGACGACGUGCGCUUGCACAAACUUGUACUUGAUCAUCUCGGUGUUUCGUCCGUCGCGGUUGUAGUCGGAGGAUCCAUGGGUGGAAUGGCCGUGUUAGAAUGGCCGCUCUGUUCGCCACCCGGGUAUAUUCGCCAUAUCAUUCCUAUAGCGACUUCCCCCCGGCACUCUGCUUGGUGCAUCAGCUGGGGCGAGGCGCAGCGGCAGAGCAUCUACAGCGACCCCGGAUACGACGAUGGCUACUACAAAGCGCAGCCCGCGUCGGGACUCGCCGCCGCACGCAUGGCCGCGCUGCUCACUUACCGAUCCCGCGACUCGUUCGAGAGCCGGUUCGGUCGUAAUCCACAAAAGCUCAAGGCAGAGGCCGCGCUCAUCACACCUCCCCGCUCACCCGUCCUGACCUCGGACGACGCGCUUGCCGCCCACAACGACGGGCACCGUAAUGCCAAGCCGCGACCCUCCCGCAUGAACAGCGCCGCACCGUCCCCGGGGCACUCUGACGCAUCGCCGCCUCCACCGCCGCACCAUUCACCCUCCCCGCCGCCGAUCUUCUCCGCCCAAUCCUACCUCCGCUACCAGGGCGACAAGUUCACGGCGCGCUUCGACGCGAACUGCUACAUCCACAUCACGCGCAAGAUGGACACUCACGACCUCGCGCGGGGGCGGUGCAGCCGUGCCCAGCCAACGGCAGACGAGGAGCUCCAAGCACUCGCGCAGGCCCUCGCGCAGCUGCCUCCGCGUGCGCUCGUCAUCGGCAUCGAGACCGAUGGGCUGUUCACGACAAGCGAGCAGCGCACGAUCGCGGAGCACAUCCCGGACGCGGAGCUCGUGAUCAUUCCCUCGCCCGACGGGCACGACGGGUUCCUGCUCGAGUUCGAGCAGAUCAACACACACAUCAUGCGGUUUCUGAAACGGGAGCUACCGGACUAUUAUCGGACAUUGAAUGGGGCGGUCGUCGAUGAGCAACCCGUGGAGGGGUUCGACGUCCGCAAGACGAGCAUGUUUGGCGAGGCAGAGGCGGACGUGACGAGAUGGUAGCGCUGGGCGGGGCGAGGCGCUUGUCUUUAUUCGGUAAUUUGAUUGUUGCGGGUCACAUAUGCUGAUCUUCGACAGGGCGUACACAUACGCAUGCAGCUCGUAUCCAACUGCGGCUGCCGUGGUGUAGAUGAAUUGCUUGUAUCCAACAUACGGCACUUUUGGAUGUAAAAUAGUGCAUGUUGAAAGCAAUGCGAUGUUGCUCGGUUGAUAG